GCAACACUAGUUAUCUUGCUAAGGUCGGCAGGGUCGUCGUGUUACCGAAUUAUCUUAUUUUAUUAACUUCCAUUCAAAUUACGUGAAAAUGUUUUCCCGCACGUUAAAACCUAUCGCCUCAGUGGCUUCACAAAAUGGUGUUAAAAACUUCAGCACCUCAUCCCAGAAAAACUUCAAAGUUGUGGUGGCUGGGGCAGCUGGAGGUAUCGGCCAGCCUUUGGGCUUGUUGUUAAAGCAAAAUGCCCUGAUAACACGAUUGGCCCUGUACGACAUCGCACCAGUUACCCCAGGAGUGGCCGCUGACCUGUCCCACAUGGACACCGCAGCCAAGGUCAGCGGGCACAAGGGCCCGGAGCAGCUCGACGACGCUAUCAAAGGCGCCGACCUGGUGGUGAUCCCCGCGGGUGUGCCGCGCAAGCCGGGCAUGACCCGCGACGACCUGUUCAACGUGAACGCGUCCAUCGUGCGCGACCUGGCCGUCUGCAUCGCCAAGAACGCGCCCAAAGCCAUCGUGGCCAUCAUCACUAACCCCGUCAACUCCAUGGUACCCAUUGCUUCCGAAGUGUUGAAGAAGGCCGGCGUGUACGACCCCAAACGCGUCCUGGGCGUGACAACGCUGGACGUGGUCCGCGCCGCCGCCUUCAUCGGCGAGAUCAACGGCGUGGACCCCCAGAGCGUCAGCAUCCCCGUGAUCGGCGGCCACUCGGGCGUCACCAUCAUCCCGCUGCUGAGCCAGAGCAAGCCCGCCGUCAAGCUGUCCGACCAGGGCAAGAUCGAGGCGCUCACCAAGAGGAUCCAGGAGGCCGGCACUGAGGUGGUGAAGGCGAAGGCCGGGGGAGGCUCGGCUACGCUGUCGAUGGCGUACGCGGGCGCCAGGCUCGCGGGCGCAGUUCUGCGAGGGCUCAAGGGUGAAUCCAACGUGGUUGAAUGCGCGUAUAUCAAAUCCGACCUAACCGAAGCAGCGUACUUCGCAAACCCCGUAGUCUUAGGCAAAAAUGGAGUCGAGAAGAACCUCGGUUACGGAAACCUCAACGACUACGAAAAGCAACUCCUUAAAGACGCCAUCCCCGAACUACUGAAGAACAUCAAAACCGGCGAAGACUUCGCCAAGAAGUAAAAGAACUACCAAUAUUGGGUGUCUGACCAGGGAACUACCAAAAAUCGAAUACCCCAAAUUGACAUAGUAGGCAAUUUUAGACAAUCUUUGUAGCUGUGAACGGUAUUGAAACGUUUAAAAGUAUUUUAGAAGGUAUUUUUUGUGGAGAUGACGUGUUUUAUACAUAUGACCGCUUAGCUUUAAAUGUGUCCACGAGAUUUUACAGCUUACCAAAAUAAGCCAUGUCGUGACCCCAUAUUGAUAAUUGAUAAAUACCUGUUGGGAAAUAACAUUGUUUAAGAAUAAUUAAAUAGAAAAAGUGGCAGCUUUUUUAUUUUCCAUUACGUAACGAUAUACCGUUAUUCUGAACUAAACUAAGCAUAUUACAUUUGUAUUUCAUAUUCACGUUUCUACAACUUUUUAUGUAUAGUAUCCGAUCUUUAUAUACUACCUUUUAAUUUAAUAUUUGAAUGCCUUAUAAUGUUAUAUUGUAAGAAAUUUUCUAACGUAACUUUGUUUGUAAGCUAAAAUUGUUAUGAGCUCCUGGUCACUACACAUAGAUUUAUACACUUGUAUGAAUGUCUUAUAUCAUAACUUGUUAAGAUAUUUUGUUUGGUUUAUUUAUUGCAUUUUAUCGAAUAUUUAUUACGUUCUCGGUUAUUUGUGAUACAUAAAUGAGUAUUUGUUGAAAUAGAUAUAUGAACAUACGUUAUCUUAUGUACAUCAUGGUGCACGGAUGCGCGUUAAUAAUAAAAAAUAAAUACAAU